AUGACGUUAUUUCCCGGUGUGGCGCUCGUCACCGGUGCAGGCUCCGGCAUCGGAAAGCAGGUGGCCAUCUCGUUCGCCGCUGAGGGCUGCCGCAGGCUUGCCAUCUUGGACCGCGAUGCACCGGCCCUCGAGGAGACCAAGGCGCGGGCCGAGGCACAGGCGCCUGGGGAGAUUGAGAUUCUCCCGCUGACGGUGGACGUUCUAAAGGAUGAGGAGGUUACAGCAGCGUUUGACCAAGUGAUUGACAAAUUUGGCCGCAUCGACUACGCCGUCAACUGUGCCGGCAUCUACCGCACGGACAAGGUGUCUCACGAACUCGAGCCUGCGGGGUUCGACGAAAUCAUGGGCAUCAACGCGCGCGGCCUGUGGCUCUGCUCCCGUCAGGCCCUCAAGCACAUGAUCUCGCAGGAGCCGCAGCCGACGCACGACGGACGGCCCGGGAACAGGGGCUCCGUGGUCAACAUUGGCAGCAACCUGGGCAUUGUCAGCAAAGAGGGCUCGCCUGCUUACAAUGCGUCCAAGACGGCGAUUGUGAGCCUCACAAAGUCAGAUGCCAUUGACUAUGCCCCGCACAACGUCCGGGUCAACUGCGUCUGUCCGGGUAUCAUCGACACACCCUUGACGGCUGGCAUCCCCGACGACUCGCCCGGCGUGCUUAUGGCGCCCAUGAAGAGGAAAGGUACGCCCCAAGAGGUUGCCGAUGCAGUGCUCUUCCUGUCCAGCCCUAAGGCGUCCUUCAUCCUCGGCGCAAGUCUGCUGGUGGACGGUGGCUACGUGAUCCACUAG